AAGAACUGCUUUCUGUCACAUAUAAUAAAAAUGAACAAUAUAACGGGACGCAUUUGAAUUCAUUAUACCUUACCGGAUCAUUACCGACAUCACCAACCUCAACUGAUGCUGUAAUACCAAAAUGCAAGGAGAUUGUAAUUACAUGUGAAUCUCACGAUCAAGGAUGGUCAUCUUAUCCUCAGGACAGAGGUACAUACAAUAAUUCGUGGACAUGGGGAGAAGUUUCUAUUAUUACCUCAAAGCAGAACAACAAUUUGCAAGAUAAUAAUUGGCAAGUACAUAAACAGGAGUUCUUUUCAGAUCAUCCACUUGUACAGAGUCUGCAACUUGGUGAUAUUGUGGGACUUUGGAUUAGAUCUGAAUUUCCGGGUUGGUGUAAUUAUAUCAAGCAAGCUGAAGUAAAAUUGUAUUACACCAUCUAG